UUAUGGUGACUGACUGAAUGUCCACGUUUUUGUGACCAACACUUUGUGUUUUCCAUGGAGUUUUCAUGGCUUCUGGAUGGACCCUGGUUUUCAGCUACUGUGUGCUUUUUGUAGCCACAAACCUCACGAACAAGUAUGUCUUGUCAGUUCUGCACUUCACGUACCCAACAUUAUUUCAAGAAUGGCAGACUGCAGUAGGCGCUGUUGUACUGUAUGGAUUGGCAAGUCAGGGCUACUACAAGAUAUCUUAUGACAGAUCAUCUGUAUUGCCAUGGUUACCUGCAAUGAUGUUCUUUGUUUUAAGCAUUUAUUCUGGGUCAAAGGCACUUUCCAAACUGGCUGUGCCGGUAUUUGUCGCAAUCCAAAAUAUUGUCGAGAUUCCUGCGUAUUUAACAGAUAACUUCUUGAAGAAUCACUCAACAACAUUAAGUAAUAAAGCCAGUUUAGUGACAGUGGUGGUUGCUGCAAUAUUGACUUGGAUAACUGAUCCACAGCGAGAUGAAGAGGGACACUAUUGGAUGAUGAUUCACGUCUUAUCGUCAAGUUCUUAUUCUAUAUACUCAACUGUCCGAGGACCAGCCAUCAACCUCAGUGAUGUGGAGAAGCUCUUGUAUUGCUAUUUCUUCAGUGUCAUCGCUCUCUUUCCUGCAAGUGUCAUUUUAGGUGACCUUAUGCUUGCAAGAGACUUCCCUCAUUGGUACCUGAUGGAAUUUUAUAUCGGUUGUUUACUUAGUGGUGUACUUGGUGCAGGGAUGAAUUUAACAGGUAUCAGCGUGAGGCAGUCACCAGACAAGUCACUGCUUACCAGACUAGCAGUAGCCAAUGCCAAGACAGCCUUAGUGAUAGCAUCCUUGGUUGUAUUUGAGGAACAAGCAACUGGUGAUAUGGCUCUAAGUGUGUUCCUCGGAGUCAGUGCCUAUUCUGUUUUCUCGGUAACCAAGACAACCAGAAAUGCCACCAAAUCAGACAAGGACAAAGUUGAUCAUCAAAAUAAAGAGAAGAAGGAGGACAAUAAACUCGACAGUGUAUGAACUCUGGAAUGGACGUGAGAAAAAACUUGCCUUCUUUGUUAUACAAAUGCUUUUGCUUUGAAAGUAUUUUUCUUACAGGCAUUGGACACCUUUGGUAAUUGUCAUAGACCAGUAUUCCCACUUGGUGUAUCUCAACAUAUCCAUAAAAU